AUGUGUGGCCCCACGUUUUCCCGGCCACCUGCGUUCACACACCAUCGUAAUCGGGUGUUCGAUUCGUCCUCACUAGUGUUAGCAUUGCACAGCAGACGGCUCAAAUACGAGAUGUAUGCGAAAACGACCAGAGCGCGCCCAUCUGGUUGUGCACUUGCUGCUUGCGACUGGCUUCCCGAAUUCUGCCUCAUCAUGUAUCAUCAUGUAUCGAUGAACUAUCGGGGACGGCAUUACCUCAGACUGCGCGAGUUUGCGGCAGACGAGUUCACCGUUCAGGAACAAACUUUCCACCCAUCAGCCUCUCCCGUCCAUCGUUCGUUCAUCAUGAAGUCGGUCACCAUCCCGACCUCACCGCCUCAUGCAUCGAUCGAUCUUGAAACUCACCCGCGGGUAUCGCUGAAGAGAUUACAUCUCGUGCAUGAUUGUUGCGUCUCUGGAACGAAUUCGCAUCACCACCUGCAAGAGAACCUCCUGAAAACCCGUGUCACUAUGGCGGAAACGCCACAAUAUUUUCUCUUGGCAAAUUCAUCGUUGCACGGCAUGCAACUAAAAAUCCUCAAGAUUCUUGAUUUUCUGGCCGAUGUUGAUUGUUCAACAGCUACCACUUUCCAUUCAUUCCUGUUUUCUUAUGAACCAAUCACUUCCAUCUCACCAUUCCUUUUCUACCCGGGAGGACCUCUCUCCCUGAUACGCAUAAUCCAUGCAGUACAAUUCAGUGAUGGAUGUUUGAUUUUAGAUCAAAGCCAUGCUAACCUACCCCCCCAUUCCGUAUUAACAACCCAAUCUCCUUGUCAGCAUAAUUUCUCCCAAAUACCACGAGUGAACAUAGGAUCCAUUCGCUUAUCGACAGAUUGCCUACUCAGUAAGCAAACAACUCACCGACAUUACAACCCAGAACCCCAUUCACCUCACAUGGCUUUUCAACAUCUCAAUUUUAAUCUCGAUCUCAUUCAUAAACAUCAAACUUUUAUCCCACCGCCAAGCGUCGCAACCCAAAAAAUAAACGAGAAACUCAACCCAAGACCAAUGACCUUGAGUCUCUCUCCUUUGCUAUUCCACUUCGAUGAUUGCAGCGCAAACUUAUGCACAGAACCAUCCUAUCUCAUCUCUUGUGAUACAGAGAUAAGAUCAGCAAUCUCCUACGAAUAG